AUCAUUCCUAUUCAUGACCCCACUGAUGACUUGGAUUCGGAUACCCCAGUAUACAAAUCAGCAGAACAAACCAUUGAUCAAUCUGAAGUAUUAGGUGAACUAACAAAUCGAACAUCGGAAGAAUUGAUGAAUCAAAUCUACAAUGAAUUUUCA